GCAGACCACAUCUGCACCAGCCGGCAAAGGAGCCUUCAACUCUCUGCUGGUUUCACACGACACUAAUUUCAACAAUUGCGUACUGAGUCGAUAGAAAUUAUCGUUUUGUCCAAAAGAGACAUAAACUCAAGCCAUUCCCCUUUUCUGGGCUAAAUUGUCUCCAAGGAACAAUCACAGAUCGCCUGAAGCACGACAAAAUAUGAUAAACAACAGAGAUCGCUGGAGGGUGUACAAGAUGGUGAGUUUCAUGUUUUUUCUGGCUGUGGUGGCGCUGACUGUUGUCCAGAGGGGGACCAUUAAUAUGGGGGCUCCCUUUGAAUAUGAGAGGCAGUCUCGCAUGGAUGCCUCUGAGGGAGCAGAGCUUGGAGCUGACACGUACCUGGGGAUUAAAGGCUUCUGGAAGGCUAGCAAACACCAGCCAGUGCCUGAAGCUCGGGCCGCCAUACAGGAGCCCAGAAUGACUGAGGACAGCAGCCACAGAACCUGGGAUGUAACCAACUCGAACUGUAGCGCCAAUCUCAACCUCUCAAGUCAGGACUGGUUUAGGAGCCUGGAGGAAAAUUUCAAACAGUUCAUGCUUUAUCGACACUGCCGCUACUUUCCCAUGCACCUCAACCACCCAGAGAAGUGCACAGGGGACAUAGAUUUGCUCAUGGUAAUAAAAUCUGUGGCCACCCAGCAUGACCGCAGGGAGGUCAUCCGAAAAACCUGGGGCAAAGAGCAGGUGGUUAACAACAAGAGGAUAAAGACCCUCUUCCUUCUUGGUAUACCCUCCAAUGAGGCAGAGAGAGCGAACCAUCAGAAGCUAGUGGAGUACGAGGACUACAUCUAUAGGGAUAUGCUGCAGUGGGACUUCCUGGAUAGCUUCUUCAACCUCACGCUUAAGGAGACUCACUUCCUCAAGUGGUUCCACACUUACUGCCGAGGCGUACGCUAUGUCUUCAAGGGGGACGAUGACGUCUUUGUCAGCGUGGAGAACAUCUUUGAGUUUCUAGAAAGCACAAACAUUAAGAACCUGUUUGUGGGGGAUGUGAUUUUCAAGGCUAAGCCAAUUCGUAAAAAGGAAAACAAAUACUACAUCCCAGAGGCUUUGUUUGAUAAGACACACUACCCUCCAUAUGCAGGUGGUGGGGGUUUUCUGAUGGACGGGGCCCUCGCAAGGAGGCUUCACAGGGUCGCAGACAUCAUGGAGCUCUACCCCAUCGAUGAUGUCUUUUUGGGCAUGUGUUUAGAAGUGCUUCAGGUCACUCCUAUUAAACACAACGCCUUUAAGACAUUUGGCUUGGUGAAAAAUAAGAACAGUAAGUUGAACAGAGAACCCUGUUUCUUUAAGAGCAUGAUUGUGGUGCACAAGUUGCUCCCGUCGGACCUCAUGCACAUGUGGAAUCUGGUCAACAGUGACCUGGUCUGCUCGCAGAAAGUUGAAAUCCUAUAGCUUGAUGGGAACACCGGUAAGGACAGCACCAACAAGCUGAGUUGCACCUCGGUGGAUACUAGUAUAAUGUAUGAGUCAAAGUCAAACUUUCCAGAAAACUCUACUUUAUGUGAAGAGGGACCGUGGACAAUAUUUGAAUUUGCUGUUUCUGUGCAGUAAUACAACUUUUGGAGGUUCUUUCAAAGAUCAAGAAAAUUGUGCAGAUUUUUCAGAGGUUGACUUAUAGAAGAAUGUAUUCAUAUUGGCAUUUUGAAGGACUCACACUGUCAGCAUGCAAAUUCACAGACCAAAGCUGAGGUACUGCACCAUGCUAAGGAGGACAGUGACUCCCUCUACAAUUACAGACUUUUUAUUCUGUUGCUUGUUAUUGUGUUGUGGGCCCUGGUGCACAAUUUUUUAUCUGUCUCAGCACUAACACACACCCUUGAACCACCCUCCCCUAAUCCGUUGCAAACACCUAUUUUACUUCCUCUUUCUGGUUUGGUACAAUGGGGGUUUUCCAUUUGCCAGGAACCCAGCGGCCCUGUCGCAGUGAACUGUCCCCAAAUUAUUAAUGAUAGUGAACCCAUUAAUGUGAAUAUGCUUCAAACUGUUGAGGCAAAAUUAAUUUUUGACAAAACCAUGGCUACCUUGCACAGCCUGUAGUUAUGCUAGCAUUCUGGGUUUGUUACACAAUGCCUUUACUUGGACCAGUACGGAUGCUGCAGUGGCUUCAAGUAGGCGAAAGAAACAACUCUUUCUACUUAGGUCUGAUUCAGUCAGAAAACUCACAAUGUCAUUAUUGGUCACCUUUUCUACUGUAUGUGUAACCAUGAUACCAUUAUCUUCAUAUGCAGUACAAGAUUUUUAUCUUAUAUAUUUUUUGUAUCAUAGAGGUCCUUGCACUCAUUUUAUUUGGAAUGUGACUGACUUGAUGUGGACGUCUACUACUUGUAUACUACUGGGAACUUUAAAGAAAUGUCUAAACUUAUUACAUGUAUGCUGUCUAUGGAUUUGAAUAUGCUGAUAUACUUGACAUGAAUUUGGUAGGUUUACAAUGACACUGUGAACUGAAACUUUUGCUGGUACGAGUAUCUAAAAUGUUAAUUUAAUUGUCCCCCCAAAAAGGGGCAAAUGUGGGGUUCUUAUAUUUAAUUUAAAGCAUCAGAUGAGAAUAUCAAUGGAGUGUUCAAUGAUUAUAAAGCUGGAUGUUGUGGGUGUAGUGGCUGAUGAUUAUGUCUAGGUGAUGUAAAUUUACGUAAAAAUCCAAAUGUACAUAGAACGUCAUUUGUAAAUAAACAUCUUGACAAUACAGUUGUCAUUGAGAAUCUGUCCUAAA